AUAUGGUACAAAAAAAGGCCUUAUACAGAACAUUGUGUUAAAACAGACAUCACAACGUAAUUCGUCAUUCAAAAUCCUUUAAUUUGAUGGGUCAUACAUUGAUUUCUGAUUAUCCGUUCCAAAGAUACAAAUAUUUGUACAAAAUUAUGAAAAAUCGAAUAAUUUGAAAUAUUUACAAAAAUAUUUUAAGUUGUUUGUUAACAUGCCGGGUGUGUAUGGUUGAUAAGAAAAGAGUGCAGACGUUAUUUUUGUUAAUAUUAACCUCCAAAGAUAUGACAAGCCACAAUGCUAAAAGUCCGGAUGUAGUCGGAUGAGAACAUGUAACCGCAGUUGUUAUUUGUGUAAAUGUUAUCACAUAUUUUUAAAACUAUAAGGUCUUGUUUUUGCAAAACACAUUCAAACAUUUGAUCACGUUCAUGCUGUGUGAAUUUCGCCUAUAAAUACUGAAACAGACGAGCAUAUACCACAGUCGACAUCUGACAGUUUCUACAGUAUAGUUGCAGUGUUCAGUGGAAAAUAUUCAAUUAAGAUAUUCCUAGCGUUCAGACGUGUGCUCUGGUGAGUUUUAUAUCGUUCAGAAGUGUGCUCUGUUGAGUGGCAAACUUUGAUUUUGUCGAAAACAAUUUUUUUUUUGAAAUUUUUAAAACAUAUUUAGUGUUUGGGUUCUAAUUUUUUUGAAUUCUAAGUUUUGAAUAUUUAUUAUUAUGUUAUUACUUAGUGUUGUUUGAUUUGGUCAGUUUUUUUUUUUUAAUAACGAAAACAUGAACACAUUCUUAGUCACUAAAGAUACAUUUAAGAAAAUUCGUAUUUCUCAUCCUUUAAUAACGAAAACAUGAACAAAUUCUUAGUCACUAAAGAUACAUUUAAGAAAAUUCGUAUUUCUCAUCCUUUAAUAACGAAAACAUGAACAAAUUCUUAGUCACUAAAGAUACAUUUAAGAAAAUUCGUAAAUUUGGCCUCCAGGGACGAACUCUGGAAUUUAAAAUCAGGGAUGUGCCGCAGAGUGAGGAACCUGUGGGAUGGGUAAAAAAGGCCAUCGAGGAGAUUGUACUUAAGGGAACAGAAGGUUUGGAACCAACCGAUCAGGUCGGUUUCACUUUUUGCUCGAAAGACUUUGCCAGAGGUCAGGGUUGGAUGAGGUUCAAGCCUGCCUGUGAAGUGACCGUUGAUGAUAUAUGGGAUAAGAUUAGUUCCAUAUAUCAGAGUAAUAGCACCGGCCUCAAUACCGAAACAUUUUGUUUGGGUAUUACGACGGUAAAACUGCCCGCGGGAAAAGGUGGUCCGAGAGGAAGAGCUUAUAACUCCUUUAACGAGGAGUGUUUGAAAAGGCGAGGAACUGUUGUUAUUAAAAACAAGGAUAAUCUUUGUUUACCUCGUGCUCUUGUGGUUGCAAAAGCUCACGUAGAUAAGGACCAAGAAUGGAAGAAGGUACGUCAAGAUGUUGGAAAAAUACAAGGACAAAGAGCCCAUCAACUGAUUGAAGCCGCUAAUGUAACAAUUCCUGUCGGAGGGGCCGGAAUACCCGAACUACAACAGUUUCAGGGACACCUCACAGAUUACAAAAUUGUGGUGUAUAGUUAUGGUAGCAAGGGUCGUGACGUUAUGUUCUGUGGUAACACUAAUGGUCCAGCGUUAAAUCUUUUGUAUCAUGAAGGACACUUUAACGUGAUCACUUCUUUGACAGCUGCUUUUUGCUGUCGAUAUUAUUGUGAGGAGUGCCACCAGCCGUUUAACAACAAAAACGACCACAGAUGUGGUGGUACAUGUUUUGCUUGUCGUCGUUCACCAGCUUGUUCCAAAGAUUGCGUGAAAAUACCCUGCGAUCAAUGUGGUCGAAACUUCUACGGUAAGGCAUGUUUCAAUGCUCAUGUUGGUUCGGUAUGCGAUAAAAUCAAAAGGUGUAAGACCUGUUACAAGAUCUACACCAAAAGUCAUGUCUGUGGUGAGGUCUUCUGUAAAACUUGUAAGAAAAAUUGUCCGUCAGAUCAUCUUUGUUACAUACAGCCCGAUUCUGGUCUUCCUCCAUCAAGCGAUUUUCUAUUUAUAUUUUAUGAUUUGGAAACUAGUCAGGAAAAGAUAUUGGCUGAUGGUUCGCUUCUUCAAGAACCAAAUCUCUGUGUAUUUAAUCAACGUUGUUACAAAUGUCUCCCUGAGAUGAAAUUAGUUUUCUGUCAAUCUUGUGGAUUUCGCCAAAAGAUUUUGAGGGGUCUUGACGUAAUAAGUCUUUUUAUGAAUCAUAUUUUGCAAAUUAGAAAAAAAUUCAAGAAUGUUGUCGUGUUAGCUCACAAUGGAGGAGGCUUCGACCAUCAAUUUAUUUUAAAUUAUAUUUUAACAAAGACUGAUUUAACCCCUGAUCUCAUUAUGCGUGGUACAAAGUUGGUGUCAAUGGCUGUUGGUAACGUUCGUUUUCUCGAUAGUCUUAAUUACUUUCCAAUGGCGUUGUCUGCUCUACCUAAAGCUUUUGGGUUGACAGAGUUGAAAAAGGGAUAUUUUCCACAUUUGUUUAACAGAGAGGAAAAUCAAUCUUAUGUUGGACCUAUGCCUGAUCUAAAAUUUUACGAUCCCGAUAAUUUAAAAGAUGAUGCACGUGACAAGCUGAUCGCGUGGCACGCUGAAAGAGUAGAUGAGGGAUACGUUUUUGAUUUUCAAAAGGAAAUUGUUGAAUAUUGUAUUAGCGAUGUUGAGAUUUUGACUAAGGCUUGUCUCACUUUCAGAAAACAGUUGAUGGAUACUUCAAAUGUCUGUCCGUUUUUCGAGGCAACAACUGUUGCAUCGACGUGUAACAAGGUAUUCAGGCGUAAUUUCUUACAACCAAACACAAUAGCCCUUAUUCCAAAAGGUGGCUAUCGUUUUAAAGAUAAUCAGUCGAAAAUAGCUUUGCAGUGGUUAUUGUGGGAAGAGAAGCAACGCUGUAUUAAAAUUCAGCAUGCCGCCAGGGGACCUGAAGCUCUUAUUGGAAAUUGUAGGGUGGACGGUCUUUACGAAAAGACCGUCUUUGAAUUUCAAGGUUGUUAUUAUCACGGUUGUCCUACUUGUUACCCUACAGAUAGAACUGCACCCCUUCAUGACGAUCCUUCAGAUUGUAUGGAAAAUCGUCAUGAUAAAACAAUUGCUAAAGUUAAGCAUCUCAGAUCAAUAGGAUAUGAGGUGGUUGAAAUGUGGGAAUGUCAAUUCCGUAAAAUGCUGACGGCCGAGAUAAAGGCAUAUACCGAGGGGCAUCCUCUUAUGGCUAGUUUACCUUUGAAUCCUAGAGAUGCUUUAUAUGGUGGUCGUACAGGCAAUACUGUAGAGUAUUACAAGUGUAAAGAUGGUGAAAAAAUUAAAUACGUUGAUGUUUGUUCGCUUUAUCCGUGGGUAUGCAAGUACGGAAAGUUCCCAAUCGGACAUCCAAAGAAAAUAUAUAUUGGACAGGAAUGCACUGCUGUAGACAUUACUGAGUUAUCUGGAUUAAUAAAGUGUAAAGUGCUUCCUCCUACAAACCUCUAUCAUCCUGUUCUUCCUACCAAGAUGAACAGUAAAUGUAUGUUCGUUUUAUGCCGAAAGUGUGGAGAGGACUUUGCGGAAGAAGAGUGUGAGCAUUCGAAUGAUGAACGGGCUCUAACAGGUACUUGGGUGAUUGAGGAGGUAGUGAAAGCUUUAUCAAAGGGUUAUAAAAUACUUGAGACCUAUGAGAUAUGGUCCUAUGAUACUUUACAGUUAUCGAAAUCUCAGAAAGGUCUUUUUUCCGAUAUGAUGAACAAAUUUAUCAAAGUGAAACAACAAGCUUCAGGGUGGCCGCGAGGAUGUGUAUCGGAUGAGGAAAAGAGCCGGUACAUCGAGGAGUUUCUUCAGAGGGAGGAUGUCAGGCUGGAGUUUUCCGACAUAACGGAGAACCCUGGUCUGAGGUCGUUGGCUAAGCUUAUGCUCAAUUCUUUCUGGGGUAAGUUCGCUCAGCGAGAGAACCUCCCUAAAACAUCCAUAAUAAACAAGCCUGGAGAAUUUUUUGCUAUGUUGAUUAAUCCAUCCAUUCAGGUUAAUACGGUGAUCCCUGUAAAUGAGGACACACUGGUUGUUACGUGGGAGUAUGUGAAGGAGGCGUACUCAAUGUCGUCAGCAGUUAAUGUUGUUCUGGCAUCAUACGUUACGGCUCUGGCUCGUCUCAAAUUGUACUCUUAUCUGGAGAUUAUUGGGUCUCGGGCAAAAUAUUACGACACAGAUUCGUCUAUUUACCUUUCCAAGGCUGGCUUACCUGAUCUCCCAAUAGGUGAGUGUAUAGGUGACUUAACUGAUGAGUUGGGUGGGGGGUAUAUUUCAGAGUUCGUUUCUGGAGGGCCUAAAAAUUACGCAUAUAAAUACACUUUGCCUAACGGUGAAGAAAAAAUUUGUUGUAAGGUUAAAGGUAUUUGUCUAAAUUAUGAGGCAUCUAAAUUAGUUAAUUUCGAUACCAUUAAGAAGAUGGUACUUAUGAAGUCUGACCCUGUUUCUGUGGUGACUAAACAAAUACAAAGGACACAGGAUCAUUGUGUUAUCACAAAAACCCUUGAAAAAAAAUAUAGACCAAACUCAGCAAAAAGAAAAUUUUUUGAAGAUUUUACAUCCGUACCUUAUGGUUAUAAAAAACUUAAAAUUUAAACUAUAGCCCAGACUCAGCUUUUUUAUUUUUUUAACACUAUACCUGUUUAACACUCACAAUCAACAUUUUUAAUUAGUAAGUUAUAUAUUAAUAGAUUACUUUUUGUUUUGUCAACAGUGGAUGCUUUUUCCUCUGCGAUACAACCGAUCGUCUGUCACACUGAAAAGUGGGUUACUAAAAAGUUGUAGUGAGUUGUCGUUUGUCCUACAUGAUUAAAAAUCGUUAAAAGAUGUUCAGUUAAGACCAUUAAAAGAUAUCUGAUAUAUAGCCCACUGGCAAAUUAAUGAGCCGUUCUGGUUACGUCCGUUGCUCGUGUAGCCACUCAUUAUAAAAGAUGGCAAUCAGAUCAUAAAAAGAUGUCUGCUGAACCAUUUCCUGUAUGUUUAAAAAAGAUGUUCAGUUAAGGUCACUAAAAGAUAUUCGUUAUAAAAAUGUACUAUAAAUAAUGUUAAUAAAAAGAUGCCUGCUGAACCAUUUCCGGUAUUUUAAAAUACAAUAAACAGUUUUCAGCUAUGAACCACUUUGUGAUUUUGUAACAUCAUUACAGCUUUGCUCGUUACUUACUAGAAGGUGGGGCAACAAUCGCUUGUUCUAUGCUAUCACAAAUAUAUAUAUAUAUUGAAUCACAUUUGAUUCCUCUGAGGAAAUUUGGUGGUUGUAGGCCUCUAGGGGAUGGUGUCCACGAUAAAACACCAACGAGGUAUGUGUUGUACCUCAUGGGUGCCUUGGAAAUCAACACGAGUAACCUUUGUUUCAGAUUAUCCUUGAAAAAAAAAAAUCAGCACGAGCUAUGUUAGCUUUAACGUGACGACCUUUACGACGUGCUUUUUCUUUACGACAAUACUGUUAGAUAUGUCUUUAUACAUUAACAAAAGUUUUUUUCUACCUAGGUAUACUCUAGGUGUAUAUAAUUUUUUUCUCAAUAUAUCUGAUACAUAAUACCUUUAAAUAUGGUCCUCCUUUUGGAGUAUAAAAAGGACGGUCGACUUUUAACCCGCACGGAUGCACGUCUAUAUGUACCUUUACGAAGGGAAUUGUACAUAAACCUAUAAGCUGAUCGUAAUCCAUAUCUGCAAAGUAUGUUGUCAGCUUGGGUUAGUAUAUACAGUGCAUUCCGUAUGUUUUAUAAACAUGAUCAGGGGAAAUUGUUGUCUGAUGGCUAUUAAAGAACCGUCUAUGGCCCUCAUAUAUUCUUAUCGCAGAUGUUUAAUAUCAAACUGUAAAAUUAAUACUACCCACUUGCCGUAGAUAAAAUAUUGUAUGCAACUAUUCAGUCAAUUACAUAAAAAAAAUAAUACACAUUUUUCUGAAAAGACUUGUACAUGAGAUGUUUGCUGGUUUGGCCACAGCGUAUGAAUGGUAUAUGUUCAUUGUAGGAAUGUAUGAUUGGAGAGAGAUCUAGGAUGUUUGAUGAUCGUACUGUAAAAAUGGUAUACGUUCUUCUAGAUGGCUUGGGCAUAGUUACAUGUUGCAGCCGACAGGUGGCAUGAUUAGAGAACUGUGAUAGACGUGGAAUCCCCAUUAAGUUGACAGGUCAAAAUAUCUCCAAUAGCAACAAAUAUAUUACAGUUUUAGCAGUGUUGCCAUGUUUCUCCUUUCCUUCAACGGCUGUUACGCUAAAAUCAAUAGCAACGAAGAUCUAGUGUCGUUUUGGCAUUGCUGACAUCUUUGUUUUUAUGUUAACAUAUUCAAUAUCCCCUCUUUUUCCCAACGAGACCAUAUUCACACGAAUUGGACCAAUAGACACGAAGAUAUGAUAUAGUGCCGUUUUGUCAUUGCUGACAUCUUUGUUUAUAUGGUAACAUGCCUUCCUCUUUCCAACAAUAUAUGAUCAGUCAGGUCGGAGACAUGCUCUAAUGCUCUUUUGCUAAUGUCUUUGUGAUUGCUCCUCUUUCGUUUAAUGUCUUACAUGUAAUAAACGAACCAAUAACAACGCAGAUGGCAGAUAGGUGCUUCAUGGAUAAGUGUCUUAUUUGGCUUUCUGACUACACCCUGUAUAUUUUGCGAUAAACGAAAUAAAGAGGAGGCCAUCUUGGAAGGCGAGGGUUUGUGACGUAGGUGGGCCUGGCUGUGUUCCCAUUGGUCGUUGGGCGGGGGCUUCGUUCUCAUUGGUCGGUGAUUGGGGCUAAGUUCUCAUUGGUCGCUGGACUUUGAUCUCAUUGGUCCAUGGGCGCUGCUGUGGGUGGGCGAGGCUUCCUUCUCAUUGGUCGGUGGGCAAUCAUUGGCCGGUGGGCAACCAUUGGUCUGUGGGCGUGGCUUUGUGGUGGGCGUGGCUUUGUGGUGGGCGUGGCUUUGUGGUGGGCGUGGCUUGCGGUGGGCGUGGCUUUGUGGUGGGCGUGGCUUUGUGGUGGGCGUGGCGUGGGGCGUGGCAGAUAAAAUUUUUCCCACGCUGUCAAAAUUUUCCCAUGCCCAACCGGCCCACACUCUACUAACCUGCCUUGAACCCUUUUUUAACUAUUAAUUUAAUUAAAAAAAUUGACAAAAAAUAAUUUUAAAUAUUUGCAAGAACAUGUGAAUUAAAAAAAGGGGGGGCUAACUUCGUCCCUAAUUGUCCUAGGACAAUUGUUUUCUUUCUAAAUGUGUAUAAAAAUUCAGUCUUUCUAAAUAUGA